AUCUUCCUUCCCUUGCAAAUCAAAUUAGCACCCCAAAACCCUGAUGAGAAGAACCCUAGUGAAACCUCUGGUUCCUUUCUUUCUAUCCCGUCUCCUAUAUCCACCUCUCUCUACUCCCUUUAGAAAUGUUGAGUCGCAGCCGGUUUCUCGCAAACUGUUAUCCAACUCGAUCUCGAUUUUUUUCUCUAGGUUCGCUUUUACUUCAAGUGAUCUUCCUCCUCCCGAGUGGAUAGAACCCUUCAUUAAUCUCUCUGGUUUGUCCUUAACGAACCCUGAAGACCUGACGCCAUCUCCUUGGGUAAGCCGAAUUAUCAAUCUUUUAGACGGUUCUGCUAACAUGGAAUCAAAUUUAGACUCUUUCUGCCACAUGUAUUUGAUCAGGCUGUCACCAAAUUUUGUAGCUUUUGUCUUAGCAUCUGCUGAGAUUCAAAACAAACCCGAUGUUGCUUUGAGGUUCUUUACGUUGGCUGCUAAACAAAAGAAAUAUACCCAUAAGCUGGAAUGUUAUGUCUCUUUGAUAAAUGUUUUAGCUUUGUCAAAUGAUUUGGUAAAGAUGAGAUUUUUAUUUGGUCAGCUUAAGGAAAUGGAGUUUGUAAUGACAAUGUCAUCGGCAAAUUCUUUGAUUAAGAUCUUUGGGGAACUUGGGAUGGUUGAGGAGUUAUUGUGGGUGUGGCGAAGAAUGAAAGAUAAUGGGGUUGAACCUAGUUUAUAUACAUUUAAUUUUUUGCUUAAUGGAUUGGUGAGUUCUAUGUUUAUUGAAUCUGCGGAGCGGGUUUUUGAGGUAAUGGAGAAUGGUAAAAUUAGACCUGAUGUUGUGAGCUACAAUACCAUGAUUAAAGGAUAUUGUAAGGCGGGACAAACUCUGAAAGCGAUGAAAUUAUUACGAGCCAUGGAGAUAGUAAAUUUGGCGCCAGAUAAGAUUACUUAUUUGACAUUGAUGCAGGCAUGUUAUUCAGAGGGGAACUUUGAUUCUUGUUUGGCCUUGUAUCAUGAAAUUGGGGAGAAAGGAUGUGAAGUUCCACCUCAUGCAUAUAGUUUAGUCGUUGGAGGACUUUGUAAAGAAGGGAAAUGUCUUGAAGGAUAUGUUGUUUUCGAGAAUAUGAUUCAGAAUGGGGUUAAAGCAAAUGUGGCAAUUUAUACAACUUUGAUAGAUGCAUUUGCAAAAUGUGGAAAGAUGGAAGAAGCAUUAGAGCUAUUUGAGAGGAUGAAAACGGAUGGGCUUGAACCAGAUGAGGUGUCUUACGGGGUCAUUGUUAAUGGUUUGUGUAAGAGUGGAAGAUUAGACGAGGCCAUGGAGUAUCUCAAGUUUUGUAGUGCUAAUGAAGUGGCAGUUAAUGCCAUGUUUUAUUCUAGUCUCAUUGAUGGGUUGGGCAAGGCUGGUAGAGUCGAUGAAGCUCGGAAACUUUUUGAAGAGAUGGUUGAAAAAGACUGCCCACGGGAUUCAUAUUGUUACAAUGCCCUUAUUGAUGCCCUUGCAAAGUGUGGGAGAAUCGAUGAAGCAUUAUCUCUGUUUAAAAGGAUGGAGGAUGAAGGAUGUGAUCAGACGGUAUAUACAUACACAAUACUCAUAAGUGGACUGUUCAGGGAGCGUGAGAAUGAAGAAGCAAUGAAGCUGUGGGAUAUGAUGAUCGAUAAAGGUAUCACGCCAACUGCAGCUUCUUUUAGGGCUCUCUCAAUUGGGCUUUGUCUAUCAGGCAAGGUAACCAGGGCCUGCAAGAUUUUGGAUGAUCUAGCACCUAUGGGUAUUAUUCCUGAGACAGCUUUUGAAGAUAUGAUCACUGUGUUGUGUAAAGCUGGCCGUGUCAGGGAGGCCUGCAAGUUGGCUGAUGGUAUUGUUGAUAGGGGUAGAGAAAUACCUGGAAGAAUCCGAACUGUUCUAAUCAAUGCCUUGAGGAAAGCAGGCAAUGCAGAUUUGGCCAUGAAGUUGAUGCAUAGUAAGAUUGGUAUAGGUUAUGAUCGAAUGGGUAGCAUUAAAAGGAGAGUGAAAUUCCGAAGUCUUCUUGAAAGUUGAAAGCUCUAUGCUUCUGUUCCUUACCGUAUAAUACCAUCUUAACUCGCAGGCGUGGAUCUUUGUUUCUCAAAUUAUAUAGUGGAUGAAGUUUCACCUUGAAUUAUAGAAAAGCUUCUCAAGUUUCUUAU